AUGGCAAUUGUAAUUGAUGCAUUUGCAGAAGCAGCCAUUUCUAACAUGUUCUGGUCUGUAACCAGUUUGUUGAAAGACAAGGUGGACCUCAUCCGGAAUGCGAAAGUCGAGAAGCUCCAGAAAAAGCUGGAAGGCUUGCAGAAGACCAUCAAAAGUGAGCUGUCAAAGAGCAAGUUCUUAUUGGUUUUAGAUGAUGUAUGGGAAUUAGGUUGGUGGAUGGGAGAGGUAGCGGACACCCUAUCGGGAGGUGCAAAGGAGAGCAAGAUUUUGAACACCAGUAGAAAGGUAGAAGUCUCUCAAAGAAUUGGUUAUAAUAUGUAUAAAUUGACAGAAAUGUCUUUGGAUGAAAGUUGGAGCUUGUUUCUGCGUGUGGCAAAGAUACAAGAACAUGUAUUGGAGAGUCACAAUUUGAAAGAGCACAAGUACAAUGCCUCAGGAGCAGCAAAUAAGGUGCGGACAUUGUUGUGCGAUCCUGAUUCUGAUUCCAAGUCGGACUUGUGUUCGGUUUAUAUUGCACACUUAACCAAUUUCAAGUGGUUGAGGGUGUUGUCAUUGAGGGGAUAUAGGAUGUAUGAGUUGCCAAAGUCAAUUGAAGAUCUUUCACUUCUAAAAUAUCUCGAUCUAAGCUAUUCUUAUGUGAAACGGUUGCCCAGUUCAAUCGGCAGACUCUGUAACUUGCAAAUAUUGGAUUUAAGUGUUAGUAAAAUUGAAGAAUUGCCCAAGGAAAUAGUUGAACUGAGCAACUUGAAGUAUCUUGGGCUGAAAGAUAUAGAGGAAUUGAAAUUUAUAACCGAAGGCCUGGGGAAGCUUACUAAUUUAUGGAUCUUGUACAGAUUUAUUGUAUGCAAUGACAAGGGGGAUACAAGAGGAUGCAAUAUUAGGGAACUAAAAGACUUGAACAAGCUGAAGGGAGAAUUGUUAAUAGAAUGUUUGGGUGGGGGAAGGGUGAAAACACUACAGCUGCAGCAUUGCCCAUUGUUGGCAACAGUGAUAGGAAUUAAAUCAUUGGAAGAAUUGAAGGUCCAAAACUGCCCGACAUUGUGUGAAUUGCCAAACAUGCUUUCGUUGAAGUCCUUGGAGAUUUGGCUGUGUGAUGGGCUCAACAAGGUUGGUGACCUGCCAGCAUUAGAGUCGUUGACUGUGUCCAGAUGCGAAAGGCUGAAGACUCUUGCUAACAUGCCUGCGUUGGAGGUAGAGGGAUGUGGCAGGCUACAGCAAGUAUCUGAUGAUCACAUGCCGGAUUUAAAGAGACUGAAGUUGUCUUACCUGAAGAUUUUGAAGCAGCUCCCCACUCACCAUCCUUCACUUGAGGAACUGGAUGUAAAGAAUUUGCCCAACUGGGAAAUAACACUUACUUUUAUGCCAUGCUUAAGAAAGGCGAGUUUUGACACUUGUCCAAAGGUACAGACAGAAGGCUUGAUUUAUGCUCUAUUGGAGCUGGCGGGGCAUGGCGGUCAAGUGACUCAGCUCCGAAUGCUGUCACUGAAGAAUUGCCGAAGUGAAAGAUUGGGAUGGAAAUUGCUUGAGGAAAUGCCUAACCUCAUUUGCUUGAAGUUGGAUUCAAAAUCAGCGCAGUACUACUGCCAUCAUCAUUGCCAUCGGAGGUACCAACAUUUCUACCCUCCUUCAAGGCUCUGGAAUUGA